UUUCCUCUCCCUCCAUCACUCUAACUUCUCUUCUUCCAGCUCUGCUGCUGUGCAGACAUGAAGAGCAACAACAGCCUGAAUCCUUUAUACUUUCAGUUCACACUAUUUGGAGAUUCUGGGCCCCUCAGAUAUCUGUUCUUCUGUCUGUGUCUGUUCAUCUACAUAACUAUAAUCUCUGCAAAUGUUCUCAUUAUUCUGACAGUCUGCCUGGAGAAGACUCUGCAUCAACCCAUGUACAUGUUUAUCUCCUUUCUGUCUUUAAACUCUCUGUACGGCUCAGCCGGCUUCUUCCCGAGGUUCCUGAUGGACAUUUUGUCUGACACUCAUUUGAUCUCACGUGCAUCUUGUUUCAUUCAGAUAUAUGUUAUCUACAGCUAUGCAUCAUACGAACUGACUAUCCUCGGCAUCAUGGCCUACGAUAGAUUUGUUGCUAUUUGCCAGCCUUUACACUAUCACAGCAAAAUGACGUUUAGGAUGGUGAGGCAUCUUUUGAUUUUUGCCGUGCUCUACCCUGCAGUUGCUCUUGGCUUCUGUCUUUAUCUUACUGUUCGAUUGCCUUUGUGUGGAAAUAAACUGCAAAGGAUUUUCUGUUCUAACUGGCCUGUGGUUCAGCUCUCCUGUGUGGACACAACUCUGAACAACAUAGUCGGUCCGUUUGUUAUGAUCACAAACACCCUCAUGCCUCUUUUCUUUAUCCUGUACACCUAUCUACGGAUUCUGCUUGUGUGCAGGAGAAGCUCGUCUGAAUUCAGAGGAAAGGCCUUACAAACCUGCCUGCCCCACAUGGUGACAUUUGUAACCUAUUCGUUCUCUCUCGUCUGUGAGCUGUCACUGACUCGACUUGAGGCUGAUAAAAUGAAUCCAAUCAUCACAGUUUUAUCUUUAGAGUAUCUGAUCAUUCCCCCGAUCAAUAACCCUCUAGUUUAUGGCCUGAAUCUGCCUCAAAUCAAAGGAGUGAUUUUUAGAUUUUUGAAGAUACACAAAAUGGUUCCUGCUGUCAAAAUUUAAAACUCAUCAUGCACAUACUUUAUAGCAAACAAUGAAGCUUUAAGCCAGUGUUGUUGACCAAAUAUACUUCUGGAAUAUGUUGAAUGUAUUUAUCCAUAGAUUUUGUUUGCGAUCACAUUAAUUUUAAGGAGAUCCGAAUAUCUAUGAAUAGAAUAGAUGUAAUAUUAUAAUAGAUAAACCUGAACCACAACAAUGAUAUUGAUAUUGUAGUUAAUGUAUGGUUCAACUGACAGCUCCACAGGCGAAAAUACAUAUUUGAAACUCACAAGCUAAAAUUCAAUUUGAUAAGUUUGUAGGUGUGUAUGGUUGGAAUUUGGAUCUUAGAUGUGUCAUUGUUGUAUGUUCUGUUUUUGGCUUUGUAUGUUACUCUGCAUAAAUGUGUGUAGGCUACUAAAUUUCAGGUCAAUCCAUCCAAAAGUUGUUGAGAUAUCUCACUAAAAGCCAAAAAUGUCAACCUGCUGGUAGAAGGGAAAAGUCAGAGGACUAAAGUCAGUAAUAUAUUUUCUUUGGGGACCAUUAAUGUCUGUACAAAAUGUCAUGGCAAUCCAUUCAAUAGUUGUUGAGAUAUUUGAGUCUGGAACUAAGUGGCUUUUUUAGUCUUAAUUUUAAUCACAUAUUUUCUUGUACUGUCACUGUUGAGUCAUUUGUAUGUUGUUCUAUAAUACUGGAAUAAACUUUUUAAAACUAA